AUGUCCUCAAUUCCCACUGGAUGUGAACUCAGUUACUUUGAUUUUGUAAUUGUUGGUGGCGGGAUAGCGGGCGUUGUCUGUGCAGAAACACUAUGUGAACUUCUUAAUCCAAGCAGAUUUUCAGGAGCUAAUUUGUCACCAUCGCAUGAUGCACGUUGCCAGUCCAAACGAGUAGCAAUAAUAUCUGCUACCAAAACGGUCAAAACCACAAUCAAUCUGCGCCGUAUUACCAAUUUGAUCGAAGCUUUUGAUAUCGAAGAGAAAUCUGGUAGUUUAUGGUCAGACACCUGGCCUAAUACCCUUACUGUAAUAUACGAUGCAUUAAUAAAACUGGAUCCUUCUAACCAUGCAGUCUACUUGCAACACCGUGGUGAUGAAAAUCCUCUUUAUUACGGUAAAUUGUGUCUGACAACAGGUGGUAUCCCUCGCCUUAUCGACCGCCAACAUCCAUAUGUUGUUGGUCUGAGAGAUACUGAGAGUAUAGAAGCAUUUCAGAGUCGCCUACGAGGUACUCGUCGUUUGUUAUUAAUUGGGAAUGGAGGCAUAGCAACCGAAAUUGCCCAUGAAGUUUCUGGUUGUCAAAUUGUUGGGUUAUCAAAGACAGUAGCAUAA